CGCCGGCCUGGGGCAGAGCCGCCCGGCAGCCCCCCGGCCUCCCGCACACCCCGUGUCGUGCCUUCAGCAACAACAAGAUCCUGGUGGAGCUGGACGAGAGCUCAGGCGUCGCCACGAUGAAGUUCAAGAGCCCCCCAGUCAACAGCCUCAGCCUGGACUUCCUCACUGAGUUCUGCAUAAGCCUGGAGAAGCUGGAGAACAACCGGGCCUGCCGGGGGGUGAUCCUCACGUCCGCUGUCCCCAGGAUUUUCUCCUCUGGCCUGGACAUCACUGAGAUGUGUGGGAAGACCAUGGAGCACUAUGCUGAGUUCUGGAGAGCCGUGCAGGAGACCUGGCUGCGGCUCUACGGCUCCAACAUGGUCACGGUCGCCGCAAUCAAUGGGUCCAGCCCAGCAGGAGGCUGUCUCCUUGCCUUGUCGUGUGACUACAGGAUCAUGGUGGAGGACCCCAAGUUCACCAUCGGCCUGAACGAAGCCCAGCUGGGCAUUGUGGCUCCCUUCUGGUUUAAGGACACGUUUGUGACCGUCGUGGGUCACCGAGUUGCUGAACGCGCCCUCCAGCUGGGCUCCCUCCACCCCGCACCCGAGGCCCAAAAGAUUGGCCUUGUGGAUGAGCUGGUGCCAGAGGAGAAGCUCCAGGAGAAGGCUGUGGCUGUCAUGGCACAGUGGCUGGCCCUUCCUGACCAUGCCCGUCAGCUCACCAAGUCCAUGAUGAGGAAGGCGGUGCUGGACCGCCUGGUGGCUCACCGGGAGGAAGACGUUAAGAACUUCAUCAGUUUCAUUUCAAAAGAGUCCAUCCAGAAGUCACUUCGCAUGUACAUGGAGAUGCUGAAGAAGAAGAAGGGCUAAGGAGCCAGCCG